AUGGAGUCCGAGCUGGCGAUUAAACCUGGGCGGUCGCCGUCGGAAACCGAUGGAAGACGUUCUGCGUUUUGCCCGUUCAGGAGAAAGGACACCGAAUUUUGUGCCUACCUGCACAGACUGCUGGACAGCCCAGUCUUCACGAUACUCAUGAUAUGCAUCAUCUCAGUGAACGCCGUCUUCCUGGCUUUGGAGACCGACUACCGCCUCAGGUUGCACUCGAGUACCUUUUUCGCGCUCGCAGAUGCGCUCAUUCUCUCCAUCUACACCACUGAGUUUUUGCUGAAGUUGUACGUGGAUCCCAUUGCCUACUGGAAGGACGGCUACAACGUCUUAGACGCUGCCAUCCUGUUCAUGGCGUUCCUCCUGUACGCCUCCACCACGGGGGCCGCCACGCACUUCCACUCCUGGGAAAUGGCCAAAGGUCUCCAGGCCCUCCGGAUUCUCAAGCUCAUCAAGUACAGCAACGGGAUGAGGAUUUUCACAAAGGCUCUCGGCCAGAUGGUGAAGACAGUGAUGUAUGUCCUCAUCUUGCUAUUACUGCUGAUGUUUCUGGGACAUGGUUUGUAUGGAGAUCCUGAAACUGGAGACACUGAAAACUGGGGCAAUAUGGAGGCUGCCUUCUUCACACUCUUCAGUUUAGUAACUGUUGAUGGCUGGACAGACUUACAACAAAAGCUGGAGAAUCAUGGGUUUGUGAACAGCCACGCAUUCACAAUAGUGUUCAUCUUGCUCGGGUUCUUUGUGUUCUUCAAUAUGUUUAUUGGAGUUGUGAUUAUCAAAAUGCAGGACUCAACUCAGAGAUAUGAACAGGAGUGCAGAGCAGCGAAGAAGGCUGCAGUUUGGGCCAAGAAACAGAUGAUCCUGAAAAAGCAGCAGGAAGAAGUGAACAAGCUUCAUCAGCAGAAAACCGUUCAACAUAAAGCUUUCAAUGAGCUUGUGGAUAACUUCAAAAAGACAUUGCGCCACUCCGAUUCAAUCAUUGUAGACGAUUUUUGCGCCAGCAUCCCAUUUAUUGAUCUUUAUUUGACAGUCCUGGACCUCCAGGAUGACACGAUGGACAGAUUGCAAGAUCUAUAUCGUGAACUUCUUGGCAUACUGAACACGAUCUCAGAAGACACGGAAGGAAAAUCUCUGCCAAUUCCUGAGAAGAUUCAAAAAUAA